AUGAAAACUGGAGGAUACCAGACCCUCACCCAUCUGCUGUCAGCGCUACGACAGUGGAUAAUCGUGACAAUGAUUAUCACAGGUCACACUAGAUGCAGUCCAGCGUAUUGCUUGAAACAGAAAACAGUGGACCUGCUUGCAGAAUGCAGAUUUGGUUUUCCAAAGUCAUUACAAGAAGAAACAGAACUGAGUCUUGAGCUGGUGGUAAGUAAAAAUACUACGUCUGUUGAGUCUGAGUUACAUACCAAACGAAAUGAUCAAAGAUUAAAUUCGCAUAACAGGGUGAUGCUCGAAAACUGGCGGGCAAAUCUAGAUUUGCAAGUCAUUGUAGAUGAGAAGGCUUGUGCAAGAUACAUGGCCAAGUAUGCUGCGAAAGGAGAACCCCGAUCAAAAUUGUCUGUGUCCUCAUUACAGAAUGAUGAUCAAGUCUCUUCGGCCUUCAAGAAAGCAAUGAUCUAA